UAUUUUCCUUGAAAAUUCCCCAACAAAAUUAACAGGGAUAGCGAUCCCUCUGUCAAGAUGCCACGCCCACUUAGAAGUGCCACGCCCACGAACCUGAUUCCCCGAUCUCUGGUAAGAUCGAAUGCAAUGCCGUCAUUUUGCUAGCCGGUACUGCGUGCAUGUACUGGAUGUAUAAAACGUUGUGAGGGACGUUGGACUAUCCGGAGAAUGCUGUAGAUUUGGAUCAAACCAGAUCCAACCCCAAUAUUUUCAAGCAGAUUUCUGGACUGUAGAGGGCACAGCAUCAUAAUGCCUGAGGGACCUUCAUUGUUCAAAUGGUGUACCAUGACCAAACAGUUUCUUGGUCGGAAGACAACACGAAUCUGUGGAUCAUCAAAGACAGUGGAUAAGAAGAAAUGGAGUGGGGCUAGCCUUGAAGAUGUAAGGGUGUACGGCAAACGACUCUUCUUGCACCUCGUACACAAGAGAGUGUCUACAGCUGAAUCGGAGUCGGAAGAUUCCGAUGAAGAAUCGGUGUGGAUCAGAUGUCAUUUCUUGAUGUGGGGGAGUGUCAGGGUCAAUGAAUUCAACUGCAAAUCAUCGAAGACCAACAAGUUUCCUGAGCCGAGACUUAUCUUUUACUUCAGCAAGGAGGAGUUCUUGGUGUUCUACGGCGGGAGCUUCCAGGAGAUGAACCACCCUCCGGAGGACGAGAGCAGAAGAGAUAUCCUGAGCGAUGGUUUUAAUAGAUCCAGGGCAGAAGAUUGCAUUCUGGGAGAUCUUCCAAUCUCGUUUAUUUUGUUAGAUCAGAAGAAAUUCGCCGGGCUUGGUAAUAUUAUCAAGGAUGAAGUCUUGUUCAGCACAGGAACCCAUCCAAUGCAGUUGGGGUGUCAGCUGUCUAGAGCCAAGGCUACAGUCAUCGUUGAAAAGGUGGUGACUUUCACAAAGAGAUGGCUGGCUUGGAAGAUGGAAGAGAAGCCCUCAAGCAAGUUUGGUGACUGGACAGAGAUCUACAAAAAGGCCAUGUGUCCAAAAGGUCACGAGACAACAAAAUCGAUGUUUGGCCCCACUGGUAUGGAGAGGAUCACAUAUUGGUGUCCAAAGUGCCAAGCGAUGAAUGACCAUGAUGAUCCUCUGUCAGAUAGGAGAGUUUGGACAGACACAUCAGACCAGGAUACAGAAACUGUUGAAGGACCUUCUGUAAAAGGGAUAUCACAGACCAUCCCCAACUCUGAGCACCAAAUGGUCACUGCUGAUAAUGCAAACAUGACAGAGUCCUUUGCAGCAGACCAGAAAGUGCCACGAAGAGCGAUUCUGACUGUAAAGGAACUUAAACAAGAGGGGACUCCAGCAAACAGCAACCAGGAGCUGGAAUUCAAGGAGGACUUUCUUAUGAUGCAGGAGAGCCAAAGUAGCCCUAAAUCUGAACAGACUUCUCUGGGCACACCACAUCAUCUGUCAGAGAUGAAGGAUACUUCUCUCCCCACACUGUCUCUGGAAACAGAACUGAUCAAUUUUGGGACAGGUCAUGUUGGGAACAAGAAUCUACCACCUCCUCUGAUAGAGGAACCAAGACAGCGCUUACCCUCAACCAAAAAGAUCAAGCUUGAAUCUGAAGCAACUUGUAUCUUUGAUCUCAAAGAAGAAGAGCCUGCUUUCACCUCGCCGUCAUCUAGCUCAUCCUGUAUCGUUAACAGCAUUUGCGUUCCGGAUCAGCAAUAUCAUGAUGAAGAUUCGACCAGGAUUUCAGUGUCCAUAUCAACCAUUCAAGAACUCAUGAGAAGCCGUGUUAGGAUCAAAGUAAAAAAAAUUGAUGUAAGCAGUAAAGACUGAAAAUACUUUAUCAUGAACUUUUAUGUCAUUUGUUGAUCACCUUUACAUAAUUGGAGAAUUUAAGUAGUGAUAAAGAUGCUAACAGCUAUUGGUAGAAAAUGAGCAAACAGUCAUUGAUAGACUGAGCGUUUUUUUAUUAUUUUGGACAUUCAUCUUUAACUUCUAUUCUGUUCAUGGUUUAAGUGCUAGUUUGUCACCUUUUUUUUUUACUGUUAAUUCUAAGUUAUCCUUUCAAAGUACAAUAUUUUAUAAACUUUGCAAACAUUGUAAACAAAUGUUUUUAUGCAAUGUAUUUUUAAUGUCAAGUAACAUUUACAUGUUCAAGGCGUUUUUCUGUUUUAGUUUAAGUUUUUUGUUGCUCUAUAAUUUGUCUUUUUUUCUUCAAUGUUUAACCGUUCUGUUCAUGGUUUCAGUUUCACAUAAUACUUCACCUUUUUUCAUUCAUUCUACUUCUGAUUUUUAUCAUGCAAUUAUCAUGAAUAUAUUGACCAUAAAAGACCUUUUCGUGAGUAAUAUUUGAGGAACAAAAAGGUUUUUGUUCAGCGUUUCAGUGUUACUUCUCUCUUUUUUCCACUUAUAAACAGCUUUCCUGUUGGCAGAUUUGAUCGUAAACAUAUAAUUAUGUUGGAGAACUUAAACGUGAGAUUUGUUCUUCUUCUAGGACACCAACAUGUUUUUUAUGCUUGAGAUUUUGAGAAUAAAAUCCUAAGCAAUCUCAGUGAUUCAUAAAAAUGUAUUUAUAAGUCAAUGAUCAUUAGAAUCCUAUUUCUGAAUAGAGUGUGCAUAUCAAAUAUUCUUCAGUAAUCAUGGAUUAGAUGAAUGACAACACUAAUAUUUAGAUGAGAUCUGAGAGAUGUAAAUAUUAUUAAUUAUACAUGAUUGAGAAAUGUGAGAAAUGAACUUGAAUAAUCAUGAUGAUUAUAUAUAUUUCCCAAGUGGCCUUUUUUUUACACAGUAAAAAUCUUCUCAAAGCUAUAAUAAGCAUGCAUCAUUUUCUCCUGUAAUUGAAACGGAUGUUUUAAUCAUUAUUUUGUAAAAACACAAUUUUAGGUGAUAUAUGUUCUACUCAAACAUUUUACACAUUGGUCAGUAUUGUAUUGCCAUGAAUGCUAAUUGCCACAUUAAUUUGCUGGGCUGCCACAACUGCAGAAAAAAUAGGGCAUUAGUGCAACAAUUUGGACAGGAUUGCUCCUUGCUUGCAAGGCUUCACGUAUAAUAGCCUAAUCUUUCACAGGUUUCAUUUUCCACAUCACUACCACAAGUUAAAUCUCAAAAUCUUUGUUAAAUAUGACCAUUUUACCACCUAAUUAUACAAAUUGAAUAUAAAGUUGGGAAUGUUUAUGUGAGCCAUUGCAAAUAAAUACUUACACGGUCAUAGUAGGCCUACUCAAGAGCGACUCAGAGAAAGAGCAUCAAUAUCUUUGUUUAAUAUGUCAAAUUUACCACCUAAUAAUACAAAUUAACAGUGGAGUAAGGAAUUUAAAGUUAGUCAUUGCAAAUAAUACUUACAGGGUCAGAGUGCUCAAGAGCGACUCGGAGCAUCAAUUUUUUAAAUUUGUGUUUGCUUAUUUCCGUUAAAAGUUUUGUUACAUUUGAUCAAAACGAUUACAUUUGUAUCUUGGUUAAACAUUUAGUGUAAGUUACAUGUUUAAUUGUAUAUUACUUACAAUUGUCAAUCAUAUUCCAUGAAUUAAAAAGGAAUAUCACAUUGUUUCAUCAGUUUCAUCAAAGAGUUUGGUUCUUAUUUUUCAGGCUUAUGAAUAAAACAUUUAAAAUAAA